AUGGACCAGCUCAAAGGUGCCUUAAACAGCUUCACUGGUGGUGGCAACAGUGCGCAGCAUCAACAACAACAGAACCAGGGCGGCGGCCAGAACGCUUCUGGCAGUGGGAGCGGAAGCUUCCUUGGCGGACUGGGUGACAAGAUGAAUGCCGCGGCGGGUGGUGGGCCGGAAAGUGAGAAGAACGAGGAUAUGCUCGACAAGGGGGUCGACUUCGUGCAAGAGAAGUUCCUCGGCCAAGGUCCGCAAAACAAUGAGUCCGCUCUCGAGCAGGCCAAAGACGAGCAGAUCAGCGACUUCAUUCGAGACAAAUACAAGUCGAGCACCGGCAAGGACUUUCCCGUCAAGGACAAACCGACACAGUUCUGA